UCGCCCAUCGCCAUCCAUAGUGCAUGCAUUCCGCUGACAAGGUAGGAAAAAACUGUCAAAAUCGUAAAAAAUUCAAACAGUCCAAAAAUAGCGAGAUUCUUGCUAUUUUUGGACCGUUUGCAAUACAUUUUUAUUCAUUCGUACUUCGCUAAAUAUGCGUAUUGUAUAUAGGCAAGACCGCAUGCGCAUUGUAUUCUGAUUCUGCUGUUUUCUCUGAAACAGCCCCUUUCAAUGGCAAUUAGAGUUCGUAUCAAUUAAUAUCGGUCUGUGAUUCGUUGGUCCUUUCCUUCGAGUUCAAAAUGAAUGAUUUACCAGAAAAUAAUAGUAAUGUGGGACCUUCUGAGUUGGAAACCUUGGAUUACCUUCACGGUGUGAAGUCUUCAACAUGCUUGCUGUUGCCGACAACCCCCAGCCCCACACCUUUGGAUUUUAAGCAUCCCCUAUCGGAAGAAAUUGCUGAAGCACCAUUUCUUUCUCUGAAUAAUGAACCUAACAUGGGUAAUAUGCAGAACUCAGAUGCAUCAGCUGGUGAUUCUAGUUCCUCUGGUGAUUCAAGCUCAGUUGUACAAGAUCCUGUCAGUGCUCAGUUGAUAAAUAAUAUUAGCAUGCUGGACUAUCAGACUCUUAGCAAGAAUGGAGAUCACAUUAUGGGAGAAGCUGAAGAUUGCAAGCUAAAUGGAAACCUUAAUUUUCCUAAUAGAAAACUUCCAGCUUUUGUCACUUGGAAUUGGCCACUGAUUAGAAAAAUACUUCUUUGGAUAGUCCUGUCUGGCUUGGUGGCUUGUUUGGGGGCUAUUAUUGCCAUGAUUGUCACUAUUCCUAAAGAAUGUAAUCCGAACUUACCUUGGCACCAAGGAAAAGUGUUUUACGAAAUAUUUCCUGCUAGUUUUCGAGAUUCUAACCAUGAUGGAACAGGAGAUCUCAAAGGAAUUAUUAAGAAAUUAGAUUAUAUACAUGAAUUAGGAGCUUCUGCUAUUCGUUUGAAUUCCAUUUUUGAAGCAAACAACUACCCAGAACAAUAUUACAAUGUCACAAAUUUAAUGAGCAUAGCUAAAGACAUUGGGAAUAUUGAAGAUUUUGAAAAAUUAGUGAAAGCAGUAAAAUCUAAAAAUAUGUCUCUGGUACUUGAUAUACCUGUAUUGUCAUUGGCGAAUCUUGUUUCUGUUAUCGAUACAAAUUACACAGUUUUAUUUUCAAAUGAUGUUAGUGCAAAAUACACUGACCAAACCUCAACAGCUUUAGCUUUCUGGUCACAGGUUCAUAAUGUUAAUGGCUUUUACUUAAAAAAUCUAGAAGAAUUUGUUGAUAAUAUCAACUUUGGCAGAUCUCUACAACUUUGGAAGCAAAUUAUUGGGAAUGGUAAAAUAUUAAUUGUCAGUGAAGAAUCAUACAAAAAAGCUGUAGGCAAAAAUCUUGAUGUUUUACUUUCCCAAGUAGAUCUCAUUGAUAUUCACCUGAACUUGGAAAAUGGCAUAAAUGGUUUAAAAGAACGUAUUGACGAAGUUAUAACUGGCACUCUUUGGAGUAAACCUCAUUACCCCUGGGUGCAUUGGAACAUAGGCAACAUCAACAGUGAAAGAAUUUCAACAAAACAUACAAAUAACACCUUGGCAUUAAGCGCAUUGGAAUUCAUUUUACCUGGAACAGCCAGUAUAUUUUAUGGAGAUGAAAUAGGGCUAGGAGGUCUACCUGUUCAUGAUGUGGAAGAAGAUUUCCACGAGCAUGAGCAUAUACACAACUUGGUACCUAUGAUGUUUUCUGGAAAUGAUAACAAUGGAAACAAACUAAUUUUGCCUUGGAAUUCAAAAUCUGUCCUGGAGCCAAAAUAUCACUUCCUGGAGGUUAUGAGGCGAUUUACUGAAGUGAGAUUGAAUACGCCAACGAUUUAUUUACGAGCCAUCUUUAAGGAUGGUAACAUUUUGAAAAAUACGGAGAUUCGUAAAACUGAAGAGAAUUUGGUAGUGAUUGAGCGUUGGUACCCUCGCAGGAACACUUGUGUAUUUGUGGGAAAUCUUGGUAGCAAAUCCAUUACUACAGAUUUGUCGUCAAUGUUCUACGGCGGUACUGUGGUUGCAGGAACUAACUCUUCUCUCGUUGGGCAAGUACUCUACUUCGAUCAGGUAACUUUUCCUCCUAAUUCUGCUAUAAUAUUAAAGCUAGAGAAGUAGGUAAAUUUCCAAAUACUAAACUGAAUCAAAUCAUAAGACUAUUGUAUACCUACAAAGAAGGUAUGGUAUAUUGUGAGUUACUUAUGUCAGCCAAACUGUAAACGAGGUAUCAUCUUUGAUGUUAUUAGUGUUAUCAAAUAUAGUAGGAAUUUAAUUAUAAACAAGUUGUCUUCUAAAUUCUUAAGCACCAACAACAGUGUGUUUUCUAUUUCGUGAUAAAUAAUAUGUAGUUCGUAUUCAAUUUGAAUCUUUCAGUAUUUUGUGAGCCAUAGUUCUAAGAACACUUCUAGUCUUCUAUACCUACUUAGUCCCACAUUUUCAUAAGUAAAUUAGUACCUAUAUUUAGUUUUAAAUAAGUGUAUAGUUUUUAUCUUAUUAUGUGUAUACACAUACAUGUGUGUGUUUGUGUAUGUAUACAUAUAUAUAUUGUUGUAUGCCUAUUAUUACUACCAAAGAGUGAUUAAAAUUGAAUCUCGGAUAAAUUAAAAUACUGUGUUAUACAUUCACGAAAUUUUAAUAUACAUUUGUACAUAUUACAACAAUUAUUAUGUACUUAGUAUAUUAUAUUAUUAUGUACAAUUUAUGAUGCAAUC